AUGGCACCUGUCCUGCGGCCGCGGCAGAGCCUCUCCAAGGAGCGCUUCCCGACCUACUUUAGCAGUCUGCGCAGCCAACCUUACUCGGACCCCAACUCAUCACGAGCGCCCGGCUCCAACAAUAACCUAAGAUGCAUCGCUUGGAAUCCGCUAGGGACGCUGAUUGCCACGGGGUCGAGCAACAAGACGUUGCGAGUCUGGAACCCGGAAAAGGCGCACGUCAAGUUCUCCACGGAGCUCAAGGGCCACGCGGCGCCCAUUGAAAAGGUCGCCUUCAACCCGACCAAGGACGCCGAGCUGUGCAGCGUCAGCAGCGACGGCGUCGUCAAGUUCUGGGACGUGCGCACAAAGGCCUGCUUCAACGAGGUGUCUGGGCUGGGAGACGCCUUUACGCUGGCGUGGGCGCCCGACGGACAGACUCUGAUUGUCGGGAACAAGGCCGACGUCAUAUACGUCCUCUCGCCAACGUCCACCACGCCCAUCUCAUCACACCAGCAGCCCGUGCAGACAAACCAGGUCGCCUUUUGCUGGAGCGGGACCAAGGUCUUCGCUACGACGGGCGACGGGCGCACGCGCAUCCUCGCGUACCCGUCCUUGACGCCGGUGCUGGAGCGGAAGACGACGGAUGCCUCCCAGGGACGCGACGACGACGAGUUUGCGCUCAACGGACACACCUCGUCGUGCUUGACGGCCGAGAUGCAGCCGUCGGCGCGAUACCUGGCGACGGGCGGCUCCGACUCCAUCAUUGCGCUGUGGGACACGACGGACUGGCUGUGCACGCGCACGCUGACGAGGAUGACGGGACCGGUGCGAAGUUUGAGUUUCACAUUUGACGGAAGCUACGUUGUCGGUGGCAGCGACGAGGGCAGCGGAUUGGACGUAUGCCACGUCGAGACAGGCGAGCUGGUGCACACAUUCAAAACUGCCGGGUCCAGCCCCGUGGUGGCGUGGGCUCCGACGAGGUAUUGCUUGGCGUAUACAGAUCUAGGGAUGCUGCGCAUUGUCGGCGUGGAUGUGGAUAAGAAGUAG